CUGAGAGUCCAAUGUUACCGUCGAUGGUUUAAUAACAUAUUGUUGGAGCUCUGCACCGCCAUUGUUGUUGAUGUUGUUAUGAUGGAGGAGGAGCACGGGAAGAAGGUCUCCGGGUGCGGCCUUUCCGUCCUCUAUAACAGCUUCUUCCGCCGCGGGACAGCGGACCCGAAUUUGAGCCACCUGCAGUCGUCGUCGGCCCCUCAGAGCACCAGGGUCUCCCCGGUCGACCCCAAGCGGCGCCGCUCCACGUUUGAUGAGGAAUUCAUGUUGGAGUCGACCAACGCACCCAAUGUCCGUGCCACGCCGGCUCCUUCCAUGCCCAAGGCCGCCGCCUCCGGCGGUGGCUACGUCAAGGCCUCCGGCCGCCCGGCGCCGGGCGGCAGAAAACCUGGUCCACUGGGCUUGUCUGGGGAACUCGACAGCUUGAUCCACGACCAUCAGCGGAGCAAAGGAAGCAGCACCCUCGUCCGCGCCUCCUCCGGCAACGUCAUGGUCUUCGGCAACCUCGGCAACAUACGCGCCCCCGGCGCCACCACGCCCAACCGCAACGUCCUCGACUAUUUGCCGAAGACGGCUAAGGAGAAGGACGGGGAGAAGGAGGCUACUAGGGAUAGGCCCCGGCCCAACGCCGGCUCCGUGGCCCCUCCAAGCACCAACGAGGAAGAUGAAGAGGAAGAGGAUGCUCAGCCGCCCGAGGUGCUCUGCCGCGCUCUGUCCAAGAGGCUGGAACCGGAGGAGCUGAAGGAGAUGGGCAACGAGGAGUACAAGAACGGGAGGUACGCGGAGGCAGUGGCGCUAUACGACCGCGCCAUCGUGAUGGACCCUCACAAGGCGUCGUACUGGAGCAACAAGGCGGCGGCGCUGAUGGCCAUGGGGCAGCUCCUCAAGGCCGUCGCGGAAUGCAAGGAGGCGGUGAGAAUAGACCCGUCUUAUGGCCGGGCGCACCGCCGUUUGGCCACCUUGUACCUCAGAUUAGGGGAAGCCGAGAAGGCGAUCCAUCACUUCAAAUUGGCAAAAAGAGAGGCGAAUUCCCAGGACAUUGCGCAAGCCUAUCGACUGCAAGGCCAUCUCUCCCAGAGCGUAGAAGCCCGCAAGAAAAGAGACUGGCACUCGAUGCUGAAGGAAGCGCGAGCGGCUGUGGCUUCUGGUGCUGACGCAGAUCCGCAGAUCUUGGGUGCCAACGUGGAGGCUCUGCUUGCACUCGGCAAGCAGGAAGAGGCAGAGAGCACGCUAGAUUCUGCGGUCAAGUUCGACAUCGAUGCCUCUGCCAAGUUCUUUGGUCCUUCCAGAACCGCUUACCUGCUGUCAGUGAGAGCACAAGUUCAAAUGGCUGCUGGCAGGUUCGACGAGGCGGUUGCGAUAGCCCAGAAAGCUGCGCAGCUCGACCCGAGCAGUAGGGAAGGCAACGCCAUAGCACGCAAGACGAGGGCAGUAGCGUCUGCUCGUUCGGCAGGCAACGAUCUCUUCAAGGCAUCGAAGGUUAACGAAGCUUCUGUGGCCUACAGCGAAGGCCUUGAUCAUGACCCCCAGAAUGCAAUUCUACUCUGUAACCGAGCGGCGUGCCGAGUGAAGCUUGGCCAGUGGGAGAAGGCCAUCGAAGACUGCAAUGCAGCACUAAUCAUGCGCCCUUCCUACGCCAAAGCUCGUCUUAGACGAGCUGACUGCAAUGCCAAGCUUGAGAGAUGGGAAGCAUCGGUGCAAGAUUAUGAAGCUUUGGUUCAACAGCUUCCAGGAGAUGAGGAGGUGGGCAAGGCCUUGGCCGAGGCACAACAGCAGCUCAAGAAACCGAAAGGCCAAGAUCAUAAUAAAUUUGCCAACAAUUUUACCAAUGUCACGAGCAAAGAUCAAUUCAAACGUCUCAUUACUGCACCAGGGGUGUGUGUUUCCUUAUCUUUCAACAAUCUAAGUGAGCUUCCAGGGCAGACAAUUCCUUUCAUGGAGAGAAUGUCCAAGAAAUAUCCUAGUGUUAACUUUCUCAAGUUGGAGAUCGAUGAGCACCCAUCCUUGAGGGACUACGGUUGCUCUGUGCCGGUGUUUACGAUCUACAAGGACGGAUCCAUGGUCAGGGACAUGGAUGGGCUCGACCAGGAACAGCUUGAGACCUUGCUAGCAUCCUUUGUCAGGUAAUGAACUCAUAUCAGCUAACAUGUACAGAGAGAACCAAGUGAAACUGCUGAAAUCAAUUCAGCUCACAAAUUCAAAGGAGAAUGUAAAAGAUUAGUGACGAUAUAACUAACGGUGCCUGCAAAUAAACAUAAACUAUAGAGAAGUAACUUAGAGACUUUUUUUUCCAUUACAGAUCUUUGUCGUGUAUGUGCAUAUAUGGAAAUCAAACUCUUUUAUUUUCCCCUAUGCUGGUUCUUGAUUUUUUUUAUUAUUAUUAUUGUAGAACUUAAUUUGUUAUGAGUAUAGUAUAAAUUGA